GUUCACUUCCGGUCUAUGUUUGGUUCCUGUUUCCGGUCUGUGAUGAUUCGAUCAGUGAGGAAAUUCAAUCAGAAAACUUCGUUGAUCGAUUUAUAGAAAACAAAAGGUUGAUAUAACCUCCGUCUGGAUCUGACCAAUCAUAGUGAGGUUCUCCCUGUGACGUCACUUCUGUACUUCCGGGACGACGGUGAAAGAGUUCAGUUCGUCAAAGAUAAUCGGAGCGCACAGAUAGACAAUGCUGUGUGUUGUGGUGUGUGUGCUCGUCCUCUCCGGUCUCCUGCACAGUGGAGCAGCUCACCUCCACCGACGCUUUGAGAAACCGCAGCUGGAGCUGGACCCUGAAGUGCACAUGAACAUUACAGAGAUCAUCAGGCACUGGAGCUACCCGGCAGAGGAGCACGAGGUUCUGACGGAGGACGGGUUCAUCCUGAUGGUGAACCGGAUCCCAACCGGACGGAGACACACUGCAGGCCCGAGGCCGGCGGUCUUGCUCCAACAUGGCCUCCUCGCCGCCGGCAGUAACUGGAUCACCAACCCGCCAAACUCCAGUCUGGGCUACGUGCUGGCGGACGCCGGCUACGACGUGUGGCUCGGAAACAGCCGAGGGAACACGUGGUCCAGGAAACACCGGACGCUCAAACCGGACCAGGACGAGUUCUGGAGGUUCAGUCAUGAUGAAAUGGCUCUGAAGGAUCUUCCCGCCGUUGUAAACUACAUCCUGAAGGUGACGGGACAAGAACAGAUCUACUACAUCGGACACUCUCAGGGAACCACUAUAGCAUUCAUGGCGUUCUCCACGCUCCCUGACCUGGCGAGUAAGAUCAAGCUGUUCUUCGGUUUGGCUCCUGUGGCGACUGUGGCCUUCACCAGGAGCCCGAUGACCAAACUGUCCGUCCUGCCGGAGCCGCUCAUCUGGGCCAUGUUUGGUAGUAGGAACUUCCUGCCUCAGAGUCACCUGAUCGAGUGGUUUGCUGAACACGUGUGUGGGAAGCAGCCGCUCAGCGAGCUGUGUGGAAACCUCUUCUUCGUCCUGUGUGGCUUCGACGAGAAAAACCUCAACAUGACUCGGACUCCGGUUUACACAACACACUGUCCUGCUGGGACGUCCGUCCAGAACAUGGUGCACUGGGCCCAGCACGUCCAUGGAGGGAAGCUGACAGCGUUUGACUUCGGUGCUGAAGGAAACAUGAGACACUACAACCAGUCCACUCCCCCUCAGUACAACGUCCAGGACAUGAAGGUUCCCACCGCUCUGUUUUCAGGGGGACAGGAUACACUGGCGGACCCCAAAGAUGUGGCUGUCCUCCUCACUCAGGUGUCUAACUUGAUCUACCACCAGCACAUCGAACACUGGGAACAUCUGGAUUUCAUUUGGGGUCUUGAUGCUCCUGAACAGAUGUUUCCCUCCAUCCUGAAGCUGCUGCAGGAGCACCGCUAGAGGGCGCCAUGAGGACACUGGUUUCUGUUUACAGUUUUUUUCGAUUGCAUAAACACUAAAAUCAAAAGUAUAACACAAUUAUCAAACCUGACACUCAAGGAGCAAAACAUGGCCCAGACCUGCACCACUAUAAGCACAAUGUCAGCUUCACAAUUUUUGCAAAACAAUACACACAAUGAUCUGCAAAACACUAAACACACUUGUAUACAUUAAACACAGAAGUAUAUCAAGAUGUCACUUCCUUGCAAUUCCUAAGCACUUCCUGUCAAAUUACCCCCCCCCCCCCCCAUGGGCCAAUUGGUUAAACACACCAUGUUUAACCAUUUGGCAUUCAAACACAUGAUUGCUUAAUUGUAGACACACCAAUCAGGUUUAAUCACUAUACAAAUGCAUCAGCUGAGUUCACCUGUUUUCAACCAAAAUGGAGCUUGUGCUCAAAGAAGAAGAAGAGUGAGGGUGAGAGGGGGGGGGGGGGAACCUCGGAGGAGGAGAAGGCUGCAGCUGCGGCAUUAGUAAUGAUGUUGUGUGUGAUGUUCAUACUGCACACAUAACUUUCAUAAUGUAAAUGUACUGUAUUCCAGACCUAUGCUGAACUACACAAUCUUGUCUUUCACUGUAUUUCUGAGAGUUUUACAGAUGGAUGAGGAAAUCACAUGAAUUCAUAUUCAUAGAUGAGGCAGGGUUCAUAGGACAAAAUCAAAAAGGAGAGGCAGACAUAUCAUUGGCCACGGGGCUAUGAUCCAUGUCCCAGGGCAACGGGGGGGUGACAUCACCCUUUGUGCUGCCACUACACAGAAUGGGGUCCUCCUCCAUCACGACAACAUGGGCCCUUACAACACAACUCACAUUCUCACAUGUUUGGACCGAUUGCACAACAUCAUCACAGCAGUGAACCACAGGCACCAGAUGCAACACACUGUCAUCUGGGACAAUGGGUCAUUCCACCGCUCUGCUCUGGUCCAGAACUGGUUUCAACACCAUCCACAGUUUACAGAACCAUACCUCCCACCACACUCUCCGUCUCUAAACCCAAUCAAAGAGUUUUUCUCUGCAUGGCGGUGGAGGGUUUACGAUCUCCAGCCCCAGGCUCAGGUUCCCCUCAUUGAAACUCUACUGGAUACACAAUGUUCUGUUCUCUGAUAUUUGUCGAGCUUACAGUGUUAUGCACACUCCUGUAGUAGCAUGACAACACAUGUUGUGUUGUGAUUCUCCAUGUUGACAUGUUGACUGAUUUGGGGAUAUGGAGAGAAAUAAAUUCCAUUUUCAUGA